CUGGAUUUCAUUUCAAGCUUCUUCUGGGUCAUGGUCGCCGUGAAAUAAGAAAAGGGACAGCCACACAAUACCACCAAAUUGUAAAGGACUGAUUUAUCAUAAUUAGACCCCAAACAUGGCGGAUAUAGAUAUCGAAGAACUCCACACCCCAACGAGAGAGUGGAAGGGAUGGAUCCGAAACCGGAUGACGCACGAAUUGGAGUGGUGCAUCGUCACCGCGGGGUUGAUGGGCGUCUUCCGCGACCCCGAGGCCGAUCGAGCCCGCAUCGUCCUCAACCUCGCCGACUUCGACAUCAAGCCUCUAUGCGAGGGAGCGAAGCGAGGCUCGCACGUCUUCACCUACGUCGACGACUGCUACAGCAUCAAGUUCGUGUCGAAGCGAUACGCGCGGAUGAUAUACACGUUCGGCACCGAAACGGAGGACGAUUUUCGAACGUGGUAUCGCGCGCUGACCGGAAGUGACGUGGAAGCGUCAGGCUUGGAUUUGACCCUCGACCUGUUAUCGGGUUCAAGUCCUGGUGAGGUCAAGAGAGAACACAAUGACGCACGUCGGAUGGACAGUGGUUUGGGAGAGGAAUUGUCGCCGGGCGCGAACCAAGACGCACAAGGGACAAGCAGUGGAGCAGGAAAGUUUGAUACUAUUCAAGAGACAGAGGAUGCUAGAGGUAGUCUUGGAAGCAGUGGCAAGGCAGGAAACGUCACACCGGAGAGUAAUAGUGGGAAGUCAGGGUCUAGCGAAUCGCUGUCUGACUCGGGGCAGAGUAAUGCCACAACGCCUGAUUCCGAACUAGGGGAUGAGUUGCCAAAACUCCGCACUAACGCUCAUAAACUUCGAGUGUCUCGCACCGAGCAGUCUCGCUUUAGCGCUCCAGUUGGGGACUUCUCGCUUUGGGAGGAAGUUAUGGGGGAGGACGGAGCGCUCACUAAGACUUAUUCAUUACCCAUGAAAUCACUGCAUCAUGUACGGGCCUCGUCCGACGGCGAGGAGGGGGAUGCCUUCGAAUAUGAACCCUCCUCGACGAAAUCAACACCUGGUCAACAACCAACUCGUUCGGCGACGACGACACCGACGUAUCGACGACCAGGGCCGGUGACGAGUUACAGCGACCCGUCGAGAAAGAAGCUGGGGUCGAGGAUGACCGUGAAGGCAUCGAAAUUCGUCGGCCGAAUGACCCAUCUUCGAUCGCAACGACACAAGGCGCCGCUCCCGCAGUCAUCCGUUGUCAAUAUUACGAUCGAAGGCGACCUCCUCAGGAAGCACAAAAGCAGUUUGGUGCCAUGUUUCUGUAUACUCAGUGGAAAUGUUAUUUACUGUUACAAAUCAAAAGACUCGGAUGAUUUAUCGGAUUUAACCAUCGACGUUUACAAAUACCGACUCUCCAAGCUGACGGCUGCGAAGACGGAAACGAAAGAACUCGAUUGCGCCUUCGUCCUCACGCCCCACAGCGGCUCGAAGGAAUACGUCUUCAUCGCGAAGGAUUUGGAUGUUGCCCGAAAAUGGUACGGACAUUUAGAGGAUUUAUUAAAGGAGUUGGAGACGAGACAGAUACGGGCCAUGCAAAACUCGGCACCCGAUUUAAGAGGGUCCUUGCCAUUGUUGAAUCAAGGUGGAAAAUACGCGGUUAGCCAACAGAGCAAGUACACCAAGUCUAAGACGAGGGGCAGUACCUUCAAACGACUUGCCAUUGCGGAGGAGGAGAAAAGGAGCUCGAUAGCGGCCCGGAUGUCGAGGGCGAGCUUCGAAGAUGGGUACGGAUUCACGGAGGAGAUGAGCAGGCAUCGAGCUUCGAUGGACGACAUCAUCGAGAAAGGUAGCACCGGCGUCCAAGCCGACGAUUACGAGGAAGAUGCUUUCAUCGAAAUCACAAUGGAUGACGUCUUAAUGUCAAAGGUAAAUAAUUACUCUGAUUACAUUAUUCUUUUGAUUCGUUACUAGCUUUAGUAGUAGUAGUAGUAGUAGUAGUAGUAGUCGUAGUAGUAGUAGUAGUAUAUAGAAGAAGGAGGAGAAGAAGAAGAAGAAGGAGGAGGAGGUGAAGGAGAAGAAGAAGAAGAAGAAGAAGGAGGAGGAGCAGGAGCAGGAGAAGAAGAAGAAGAAGAAGAGAAGGGGCCUGGUAAGAAUGUACUAGUAGAGGAAGAGGCACUAAAAGCAGAGUUGUUAUAAAUGAGUAUAGUUGCAGCAUUAAAAAGAAAAUUGAAUGCAUAUAUCGUAUCAAAAGUAACUACAAUAAAUGCUAUUUUCAGCAUUCUCAGUAGAAACUUCUUCAGUCGUAGUAAAAGGAUGAAGUCGAUAAGAUCAUCCCAUACUACGAAUGACAACGAACAUCACUUGCGUUACCGUGGCAACGAUUCCUCCGGAAAUUGUACAUUUCUCGAAAUGAAACAAAUCCAACCUGCAUGUCUUAGAAGACAGAUAUCACGUAUCUACUUCAUAACCAUCUUGAUACGAAAUGAACAUUUUUCUCAGGUUGAAGGCCCCUUCAAAUUCCAUA